CGCUCUUUCUUCUUCCGGCUGUCACUUUGAGUGUUUGGCACACGUGAAUUUCGCUGUAGAAAAUCACCUAAUUUAUUAAAUAAAUAUGGAUAAACCAGUUGUUUGGGCUCGUGUUAUUAAAGUUCUUGGUCGUACCGGUUCCCAGGGACAAUGUACCCAAGUUAAGGUUGAAUUCCUUGGCGAACAAAACCGUCAAAUCAUCCGCAACGUCAAGGGACCCGUUCGUGAAGGUGAUAUUCUAACCCUCCUCGAAUCUGAAAGGGAAGCCAGAAGACUUCGAUAAGGAACAACAACUUAAAUCUGUUGUUCCAAGGAGUGCUUUUUGUUUCUUUUAGAUCUGUGACAAUUUAACAUCCGUCAGUGUGGUUGCGGUGCAGCGAGCUCUUUUUCUAUACAAAAAAAUGAUAAAAGGAAAUAAAAUAAUAUCUUAUUUCCACUAA